AUCAGAGCUCGUCUGAACACGCUUAAUGUAAACUAAAAAUAUUUCACGUGCAGUCGCCUGCAAACUACUUAACGUCAUAAAACAGUUUUUACUACAAUGACGAGGUUUUCUUUAUACUGAAAUCGCCAUGAGAAGUUUGAACAGGUUGUUUGCUUAUAAAUGGAGGUUUGUGUUCUGCAGAGAUGUGUCCUCAUACGCACAAGGACAGAGUCCGGAGCCAAAAAUAAGAGAAUAUUUCUACUACAUCGAUCACCAGGGGCAGCUGUUUCUUGAUGAUACGAAGGUGAAGAACUUUGUCACCUGCUUCAAAGACCAGCACUUCCUUGUUUUCUUCUUCAGCCGCCUGAAAGGCAACCAGAGUGGCCGCUACCAGCAGGACUUUCCAUUCCUCUCCCUCUGCGGCCGUGAACGCAACUUCCUGCGCUGUGAAGAUCAGCCCGUGGUCUUCACGCACCUGUUAUCAGAGGGGGGGCUGGAGGAGCGUCUGUCCUACUGCGGGGGCGGGACUAAAUUGACGGUUCCGUUCUGCCCAGAAUCUCUCUUCAUGCAUCCGGUCAGCGGAAGAGUUUACCACCCUGGUCCCGAACGGGGAGGGGGGGUCGGGUUGGUUAGCUCUGCGUUAGCCAUUGAGCUGAGCACCCACUUUGAGUAUGCCCCGGGUCAGGAGUGCACAGGACAGCCCACUCAUUUUCUGUGGGGAGGACAUCGACACACCUUAACAAAAGAGUUGGCAAAACUGUCCAAAAAGAUGUAUGUGUGUGGUGAAUUAUAAAGAGAAUUUCAAUGUAUACUUGUGUAAAAAUAAAGAUUGUAAAUGUA